GGAAGCAGCCUUGGAGCUUCGGCUUCUUUUUUUCCUCCUGCUUUGGGUACCACACAACCGCCACCGUGUCUCGACAGCGAGCCAAGAUGUCCAAAGUGGCCAAAUACCGGCGACAAGUUAGUGAAGAUCCAGAUAUAGACAAUUUAUUGUCUACUUUGUCUCCAGAGGAGAUGGAGGAGCUGGAAAAGGAGCUGGAUGCGGUGGAUGCGGACGGGAGCAUCCCUGUGGAGCGCAGUCAGACAAACCAAUCAGAAAACUCCUCACUUGGCCCACAAAACUGUGACACGGCACUCAACCACCACGACAAGGACACCAGGAGGCUCCUGCAGCGGGAGCACUCGAUAGACGAAAAUAGGUUGAGCAAGAAUAAGGGAGACAAAAAUCAAGAAGAAAAAGGAAAAGAAUCUCCUUCCAAAGAACUGGCCCAGAAACAAGAUACUAAAGUGGGGAAAGACUCUAAAAAGGAAGAAAGUGUUCAGAAAACAGACCUGAAAGGUAAAGCUGAGACUGAGACCAAGAGCAAAGAGAACAAAGCUAUGAACGAUAAAGUCAAGGCCAUGGAGAAAAAGCUGAUGGGGAAGGACAAGAAGGAGGAAGAGAAGGGUUCAGUGUUGAAGAAGGACACAGGGAAGGACAAAAAGGAGGAUGAGAAGAGCUCAGAGUUGAAGAAAGAUGCAGGGGAGGAUAAAAAGGAGGAAGAUAACAGCUCAUAUUUUAAAAAGAAGGAUUCAGGAAAGGAUAAAAAGGAAAAAGAGAAGGUCUCAGCGGCAAAGGAGGAGACAGAGAAGGGAAAAAAGCAAGAAGAAAAGGAUUCAGCAUCAAAGGACACAGAGAAGGACAAAAAGGAGGAGAAAAGUUCAGAAUUAAAGAAACAGGCAGAAAAAUACAUAAGAGGGGAAGGUAGGAAAGAAAAUGACAAAAAAGAAGAGGAAAAGGCUUCAGCUGUGAAAAAAUCCAAGGCAGAUGAGAAUUAUAAAUCCCAGACAGAAGCAGAAAAGGCAGAAAAGGCGGAAGAGAAACAGGAGGCCAAGGCAGCAGCUGGGAGCAGCCCUUCCAAGUCUUCCUCCAGCAGCUCUGCAGAUCAAGCCAAGGACGAUGAAGCCUCCAGCAUCUUUGAUGAGCUCAUCGAGAAGGUGAAGAACAACGAUGCUGAGGUGACCGAGGUUAACGUGAACAACUCUGACUGCAUCAACAACGAGACCCUGGUGCGCUUCACCGAGGCCCUGGAAUUCAACACUGUGGUCAAGGUGUUUGCCCUGGCUAACACCCGCGCUGAUGACCACGUGGCCUUUGCCAUUGCCAUAAUGCUCAAGUCCAACAAGGUGCUGACAAGCAUCAACUUGGACUCCAACCACAUCACAGGCAAGGGUAUCCUGGCCAUUUUCCGGGCACUGUUGCAGAACAACACACUGACGGAGCUACGUUUCCACAACCAGCGGCACAUCUGUGGGGGAAAAACAGAGAUGGAGAUUGCCAAGCUCCUGAAAGAGAACACCACACUCCUGAAGCUGGGCUACCACUUCGAGCUGGCUGGGCCACGCAUGACCGUCACCAACCUGCUGAGCCGAAACAUGGACAGGCAGAGGCAGAAACGCCUCCAGGAGCAGAAACUGGCACAGGAACGGGGGGAGAAGAAAGACCUCCUGGAGGUGCCCAAGCCUGGAGCACUGCCAAAGGGGUCCCCCAAGGCAUCCCCACAGCCAUCCCCCAAGGCUUCCCCCAAAAGCUCUCCCAAGAAAGGAGAGGCACCCAGCAUGCCACCCCCACCUCCUCCUCCGCUCGCCCCACCACUGAUGAUCAACGAGAACCUGAAGAACUCGCUCUCGCCAGCCACACAGCGGAAGUUGGGAGACCGGGUGCUGCCAGUCCAGGAGAAGAACUCUCGAGACCAGCUCCUGGCAGCCAUUCGCUCCAGCAACCUCAAACAGCUCAAGAAGGUGGAGUUGCCGAAGCUGCUGCAGUAGGGUGCGGGAGGAUUUUUCCCCUGCAGCCCAUGGCAGACCCCCAUACACUCACCUUUCUCGUGACUGUUUCCAUGACAAGCCCUUUGGAACCUGCAGUGACCGACGCCAAGGAGCAGGGAUCUCUCUGGGACACGGAGGAUGGGCCGGGCCCAGCAGGACAUGAUGGAGGAGGUUGUAUUUAUUUUUUGAUGGCUGUGAAGCCUUCAAGCUCACUCUUCUACCAGCACUGUGCCCCGCUGGAGAUGCCAAGAAUAGAGCAGGGGUCUGCAGAGCUGAUCCUUAUGGAAAUCCACCGCCAGAGUAUAACAAAGGGGUUUGGCACUCCAUUCUAUCCAGGGUCCAGCCUGGGGUGAGCAAGAGUACCCCCAGCCUUGGGGGGGAGCAGGGGACACCCAGACCAUUAUCACAUCACAAGGUUUCUGGGUGGCCGGCAGAGUUUUGGGAUUCAGGCACAGCAGUGGCUGCAGAGUUGGGGGUUCAGGCUUGACGUCAGGAGGAAUGGGAGGGUGGGAGAAGGGAACAGCCAGGGACAGAGGGGGCAUGGAAGUGGUGGGACACAGGGAGCCAGGCUGAAGCCAGGAGCUUGGGGCAUCUUGUAUGCACCCACAGCACUGCAGGGGGGCCCCCAGAACCCUCAGAGCAUGGAAACCAAAUCCACCUCAGAGAGAGUAGGGAAAGCACCAGCUCAAGGGGGGCAGUGGGUUUUGGGGUCAUGUGAUGCCCAUCCUCUCCCCCCCCCCAUCCUUCCUGUCGUGACACCUUGAUCACGAUUUGUAUGACUGUGGCCACUGCAUACGCAAUAAAGCUCACCCAAUGCUUCCUGUGCCUCUGGACAGCUCCACACCCCCAGAUCCCAAACUGAGGCGCAGGGGGUGUCUGGGAAUGGACUCAGCAACCUCAGCCAGGGAUAGCUCUUCCCUCUCCCACAGCCAUAGCCCACCCUGAACUGGGCAGCCUGGGACCACCUGGACAACCCAACCUGGGUGUCCCUGUUCACCCACCCAGAACCUCUGCAAAUGGGGCACCCAGGACUCCCCAGAUGGGAUAGCCAAACCCCCCCAAAUGGGGCACCCUGCUGCUGCUGGACACAGACAACCAGGCACCCAGAGCCAUGCGGACACCCCAAAACUCUGGAGUCACGAAGAACUGGACACCCCAGGACCACCCCACAGUCACCUAAAACCCUUUGAGUCCACACAGAACUGGGAAUCCUGGGGCUGCCCAAGGGUCACCCCGAACUCCAAGGUAAUCCGGAACUGGGUCCCUCAGGGUCACCCUAAAACUCCGCGGUGACUCCAAAAUUGGGCACCUCAAACCCUCGGGGUCACCUAGAACUGCUCUCCCCCCUGGCACCACGGGGCCGGGGCCGUUUUGGCGAUGCAGCAGCACACGGGUGUCCCCCGGGAGGCUCCCCCUGUUCCGGGACGCCCAUGUGCGUGGCUGAGAGGCGGCUCCCGGUACAGGUGAAACGCCGUUCUGUGGGGCAUUUCUGCAGCCACGCAGCGCGGUGGCCUCAGCGGGAGGAGCAGUAUCCGCACCACGGGCUCCUCGUGCCCCUUGCCCCCGCAUUCCUGCCCCUUGGGGCGGCCCCUGCUAAAGCGGGCACCGCGGGGCCAUUGGGACAUCCCAUCCGGUCGGCCCCGGUGUGAGGGCACCAGGGGCCUCAACCGAACACCGACGGUGCCACCUAAACCACGGGGGGCCGGGACGCACCGGGGCAGGGCAGCUCUCGAGGGGGAGG